AUGGCACAAAACCAAAAAAGUGAAUCCAGAUCUAGCCUAUGUUGCAAUGCGUUUAGCAAAAGAGAUCAUAAGGAAGCAGUAGAGUUACUACAAUUACAGGAUCCUAGUGUACUUUACCAGUGUGAGCGUACAUUACUUUAUUAUUCCAUAAGGAAUGGAUGGUUCGAUGUUACAGUUGAUCUCAUCACUAAUUAUCAAUUUAAUUCACAAAGUGCUAACUACUGUAAUUAUCUUUAUACAGCUAUUAAAGGUAAUCACAUUGAUAUUGUUAAAUAUCUUCUAAAAGAAUGUCAAUGUGAUCCGAUGUUGAUGGUGACUGCAGGUGAGUACGGCGGUAAAAUACAUGUUCUUCAUUAUGUAGCUGGUGAGGGAUUGCUUGAUGUCUUGAAGUGUAUGGUAAUGAGCAUCAAUGGUCAUAUCAUGGAUAAACAAUAUCAUAAUGCUCGUGGUCAGACUGUUCUUCAUUAUGCUGUUGGACACAUAAAUGUUGUAAACUAUCUCAUUAAUGAAUGUAACUGUGAUAUAAUGGCUCCUGAUAAAAUGGGAAAUAAUACUUUACAUAUUGCAGCUCGUAACGGAUUACUCAAUGUUUUGAAGUACUUUGCUCACAUGUGCAAUCCAUUGACCACUAACAAAAGUGGACAGAAUGUUCUUCACUGUGCUAUUGAACACAUAGAUGUUGUAAAAUAUCUUGUUUCUGAGUGCAGCAUCAAUAUAAUGAUCACCGAUAAUUUUGGACGAAUACCACUUCAUUAUGCUGCCAGUUUGGGUAUUGCUGAAGUUGUAGAAUACUUACUGUUAACUGGCAAAUGCAAUCCUUUGGCCAAAGACAAAAAGGGAAAAACACCAUUGCAACUAGCUAAAGAGAAGUCAAAAAGUGAAGUCAUUAUAGCUAUUUUCAAAAAGUUUGGUAGCAUUAAAAUAUCUCAUCCAAUUGAUUCAUAUGUUAACAUUCUCCUUGAAGUGAUUGAAAUAAAGCAUAAUGUAUUCAACACAGAUGUCACUCCAAUAGAGCUAGGUAUGUUAUAA